AUGGUAGCUCUCAAUCUGGGUUCUAUCGGUCGAUCCUCAGGCAAAAACGGUUUAUCAGAUAUCGAUAAAUCUACACUUAUCGUUCCUCAUAAACCUACACAUUUCCCACAAACACCGUGUCUACAAUCGAUUCCUCAACCAUUACCCAGAUUGACUAUUGAGAAAUCAACACCACUUGACGAAAACUUAACAGUGAAAAAAGAUCCUUUUGCUAGAAACGACGGUUUACAACAUUCUUCAAUUUACAAUACUUUCGCCACCACAUCUCCUCCUUCGAAUCAUUCAACAAAGCCUCACUCCAAACCCCAAUCUCAUAAGAAAUCAGAAAAUCAUUCUCGUUCUCAUUCUCAUUCUCAUCGUCAUCACGAUCAUAUUGAACAUAAACAUAAAAGACAGGACUCAGAAUUUUCUCUUGAUAGACAAGUUGUUGAUAUCGUAGCUGAUUACGUUCGACCAAGUAAAGAUUACAUCCGAAGAGAUAAUGCGAAUUUGCUUGAUACACCUUUGUCACCUACUGAAAGGCCAAUACCAAGCAGAUCCUCGUCAUUCGCCGAUCAAUCAUCACCUCCAUCGCCUCAUAUUCCUCCUGCGAUAUUGUCACAGGAACCAGUCUUGACACCCAAACUACCUUCCAAACAUCUACCUAGUAUGAGAAGUGGUCAACACAAUCCAGAUCCAGGUGCUGUGUCCAAUGUUCGUCGUAAUAGUACUGCCAAAACCGCUCGACAUGCAGAAACGAUCUCACCUGGGAUGUUAGAGAAAAUGGAAGAACUCGAUGAAUUGAAAGGGUUGAGAAACGAUUCAGGUCCUCAUAUCCUCAACAGCUUUGAUCAGACCUUCAACCAAAGUGUCACCAGUGUCGGAUCUAGGACUAAAGCUGAUAGGAUGUUGGGUAUCGAUUCAAAUGCGAAGAUCGCCUCGUUGUAUCUAGUUUCCGGUCUGGGAAAGUCAACAGCUCAAUGGUCUUUCUCUGAUUCUGACUCUUCCCGUGGUAUCCAACCUCUCGAAGACUCGAUGGGACUAUUCUGGCGUCCUGAAAUGUUAGGAAGUUCGUUCAGUGGUGAAAAAGCAGAUGAAUCAGCUCGAACUAGGAAAGAUUCUAAAUCAAGUACUUUUACCAAUGGUCUCUCAAAGGAUAUCAGAGGGAAAUACGUACCCGAUACUGGACCUGAUGGUGCGCAAAAAUUGGUGUCAAAAGCCCUCAAAUUCGCUCAUCCUCGUGAUGUGGAAGUGGUAAAUUCCACCUUGUCACCUCCCACUACCUGUCACGCAUUCACGUUCAACGUUCCUCGACAUGAUACACUCGCUGCUAUCGCUCGAACUCGACUUGACAGUGCUGUCUCAGGUGCUCCCAACACAUUUUCGAUGGUCUCAGCAGUUGACGAACAAGGCUUACUCGAUCCUGCAUUACAUCUUCAAGCUCAAGGUAACCCAAAUAUCAGAAACACCGCUUCUGCCACUGAGCUCACUUACUACGGUGUGACUCUGACUGUCUGGACACAUGCUGAUCGGGAUCGUGCAGUGCAAUUGAAGACUAUCAAAAUGAGAGCGGAACGUGCUAGACUCGGACAAGGAUCCUUGAGUUCAAUCAGUCCUUUAGCCGGAAAGAAAGGAUCAACUGCACCAAGUGAGAAAAGAGGAACGAAAAGAGGUUCAUUGCAUUAUAUGAUGGGUAAAAAUCAAUCUGAAGGUGAUAUUACUGCAAGCGAAACUGAAACUGGAAUGAGUGAUUCUGAUCUAGAAGGUCCACUUGGAAGAAGGGGUAUAAAAAGUGCAUUAGUGGCUGAUAGAUUGUCAACUGUUGAUUCGGUCCCAGAAGAUGCUGCUGCUGCGUAUGAUGAAGCUAGCGAUAUCUUCUGGAUGCCUUAUGCUAUCACUAUGGUGUCCAGGUUUCCGAUUUAUGACUUCCUACAAGACUACCUACGACUCAGUUGGGCACGAUUCUCUAAAAACGCCAAAGUCCAUAUGAUUCAGAUCAACCGAUUGCUUAAUUACGAUCCUCCUAGACCGGGAGAAUCGUUCAGAGUUCCAGUUGGUGAAAAGCCUGAAGAUCAAGUGAUUGUAGAAGGAUAUAUGCCUGGAGGGUUAAUGGAUUUCGAUAAAGGUCUGAUGAAGGUUGAUUUUCAGUUAUGGCCUCUGUUUCAAGCUGUAGACUUGGAUCAUAUCAUAACUGCUGCUGAAAUUGCUUUGUCCAACUCCGGAAGAGUAAUCUUCUGUUCAAAACAUCCCGCUAUGCUCAAUGUGGGAGUCAGCACUCUAAAGUACAUUGUCGAGAUGAGGGGUUGGGGUGGCAUAACCAUGCCUAUGAUACAUGCCCGAGACACUACAUUUGUCAUCGAAGAUCCCGGACCCUAUAUAAUCGGUAUGCCAACAGAAUGUCGAUAUCUCCUGGCCCCGCCUCCCGAGCGCGUUUUGGCUGCAUUGGGGCACUCUUUUCCCAUGGACCGAAGCAUCCCUAUGGAGUUCAAGGUCUCCUAUCCCAAGGGUAAUUUCAGAAAUUUCAAUCGAUUUACUUAUAAAGGUGAAAGACCGCAUUAUCUCGGAGAAAGGCUGAAAGCUCCUAGUUGGUGGAGACAUGAAGUUGUCAUUUCAGCAUUUGACAAGAUUCUAACAGAUAAGCACAAGAAGCCUACUUUAAUUCAAAGAUUAAUGAAGACCGGUAUGGCCAGACCUCAAGCUCAAUUGACAGUCGGAGAACAACUUGCUAAAGCUAUGAUGAGGAGGAGAGCGUCACACUAUGUCGAAACUAGGGACGAUUUGGAGUUGAAAGUAGCUAAAAUCAACAGACGAUUACUCAAGCUCAUUCAAGAAGGCGAUCAUUGGAAGAAACAAUUUGAGAUGUUUGAAAAGUAUGCGGAUAGACUCACCGUCGAGGCGAAUGAAUUGAAAACUAAGAUCGAACGGGAAAGGAGAGAAGCAAAGAGGCUUUCUAAUAUCGCCAAUGAACAAAGUAAGCAAAAUAUAGAGCUCGAAGAAAAAUUGAAGAACACUGAAGAUGCAAGAUCUGAAGCUAUGCGGCAACUAUCAGACAUGCACCAGUCUAUACAAGAGCUUGAAAGGGAAAGAGAGGACAUCAUGAAUUCCCUCGAGGCUCAAAUUAACGGUGCUUUAGCAGGUUUACCUCCAUCUCCAUCCCUUAAUAUUACUGGAUCAGAAACGUCCUCAAGAUCUGCAACACCAGGAGACACAUCUUCAAUCCGUUCAAGAUUAUCUUCAAGAUCCAAAACCACUAACAUGACAUCUACCAGAUCAAAACCUAUGAGUGUUUUAGGCCAAGUCAAAGGGAAUCCUAGAUCUGAUGAAAACAGAUUGAACAAAAGAGCUUCAGUGGUGACUGGAGUUACCGCAGAGACUGGACGAGAAUCGAGAUCAGGAAUGGUAACUCCUAAUGGAUCUGACACCAUGGCUCAGAGAGUAGCUAGUAUCCAAGCGAAACUGGAAUUAGCUCUGAAUGUAGUCUCUUCACAGAGAUCGGCGAGCGUAAUGACUUCUUCUACGCUUCCGACAGAAGCUGAGACUGGUAACGAAACGGAUAACGAAGGUGACCUCACUACUACUCAAAAGAUUGAUGUUCGAACAGUCCCUAGUGAAAGCGUAGAGGGAGGUUCUGAGACUGACAAAGAAGCGAACAAACAAACUCCCAUGGGAUCUCGACGACCCUCCAACACCGAUAACCGUAUAUCGUCCAAAAAGGAAGGAAUACCAACUCUACCAGAGACUGGAGAUGUCAUAAACCCGAUAGGCAGUGACGAGUUCGUUUCUGCAGAUGAAUCUUUUCCCGCAGCCAAACAUGGCGAAAUCAAAAAUAAAAUCAACCCUUCCUCUCCUAUUAUAAUGAAGCCAGAAUCGACCACUAGACGAAUCAAAGCUUUGCCCAAAGGUAGAAAUGGGAAUGGGUUUAAAACCAUUACUCCUCCUUCAGAGAUCGAUAGUGACGACUCGAAUUAUACAGCUCAUCCUGGUAAGAGUCACAAAGAAAAAUCCAAAUGGAAGGAAUCAAAUGAUGUAGCGACUGUAGAUGGGAAGAGACUAUCAGCAAUGUCAAGUACUACCAUCGCAUUUGGACAAGCUGUCUGA